AUGGGAAGACUUUUUCUGAUCGAUCUGGAAGGGGACUUCUAUAGCUGCAAGCACUGCAAGACUGCUUUUGCCCUUGUUGAUGAUAUCAUUUCCAAGUCUUUCCAAUGCAGGCAUGGGAAGGCUUAUCUUUUUGAUAAAGUUGUGAAUGUCUCGGUCGGAGAGAAAGAAAACCGGAAAAUGAUGACAGGAAUGCAUACUGUCGUUGACAUAUUCUGUGUUACAUGUGGAUCCAUUGUUGGAUGGAAAUAUGAGAUUGCUAAUGAGAAGUCUCAGAAGUACAAAGAAGGAAAGUUUAUCCUUGAAAGGUAA